AUGUCAGUUCAAGAAUCUGCAUCUGCCUUAGUUAAUCUUCUAUCCCUUCUUGGACUUCCGAGAAUAAAAGUUGAUGUCAUACGACAGAUGAAGUUGAAUUCCCCUAAUGUAUACAACGAAUCAGUUCAUAUUUUAUGGAGUUUUAUAAUUCUCCUUCAGAGAAAUCAGGCUGUUCACGGUGACAUAGACUCUGAAGACAUGGAAACUACAGCGAUGAUAACGACCGUUAACAAUUUUAUUAUUUCUCAAGGUUUUCCUUUAUUUAUUUCCUCAACAAACAAAAAUCGCAAUUCUUUGGCUCUUAUUAAUUUAUUGUGGUGUUUUCAUCAUUUCAAAAUAUUUUUGCUACCUGAAUCUAUUUUCUCUGGUGCAAUUUUUGCACCACCAGGUAUACAUUCUCCUAAAUUUCUUCGAAAAAUUUCGCCUGCCGAAAAUUUUAAACAAUACCUUUUGAACGUUUCUAGUAUCACGUCUGCAAUUCGUUUAAAGGAAACAGAAUUAAGUUUGCUAUUUAAAGCAAUACUGAAUCAACCUAGCAAAUUACAUUUAAAAUUUCCUCUCCAUCCGUUAUCUUCUCUUCAACGCAGCAUGACCCUUCUUGAACUACUCUAUGUUUUGAAUGAUAAUAAAGCUUCCCAAAACAACGAUCUUUCUAAAUUCAAACGUUUUCUUGAUACACUAACUAAAUGGAAUCGAAACUCAUCCGCAUUCUACCGUUGGGUACGUCUGCCUUCAGGUACUGCUCUGUCGGAUUCGAAUGAAUGCGUUCUCAAUGUAAAUGAACAAAUUUCCCGUCAGAUCAUUUCAAAAUCCUAUUGCCUUCUUCAAAAGCAAAGUUCAAUUCUCAGACGGUAUGGUUCUGAGAUGACUACUAUGACAACGGACAUAAAUAAAUCAAAUCCGUAUGAACUUCAGACGGAAUUUAAGCGGCGUCUCGAUUUCAUCUCUGACUGUUUGAAAGCACAUCCCUACCAGAUUCAUCCUAUGGAAAAUUUUUCUAUAGCAUCAGAGAUUUCAACGGUUAUGCACAAAUUUGAUGCUCAAACCGAGAAGCAGGUUCUUCAGUCACUGAUUUCAUCCUUAAAAUCUCAGCUCGCUUUUAGAAAAAGUUGUAUUCAUUCAAAGAUAGAAAAAACCUAUCGUGACCUACUUCCCAAUGUCUCUUGUUUUCAUAAACAUAAUGUUAGAUUUUGCAUGAUAGAUAUGGCAGAAAAUGGAACUGUUCGAGUUCAGGAGAGAUUUCGGGCCUAUUCCAAGCCAGAACUUCUUCAACUCGCUUCUUAUUUAGCUCAACAUGAUGUUGCUUUCAAUAAUCUUCCUAUAUAUCCUACAGAUAAAAGUGCUGACGACGAUCUUAAUAUUCAAAUUCAAAAGGACCCGAAACCAAUAGUCAAGAAAGAAAAGCCCAAGAACGUACCACCUAAGCCUUCAACAAGAUCUCAUUCUCCUCCUGUUAGAGAUACUGGUAUUGAUGUUCCCCUAGGAAAACCCCUUUAUGCUCCUACAGAACGUCAGUUGAAUGCGACACAGGAAUCCCAUCUGAGGCAGCUCAUCAGCAAAUCUAAAGCCGCUCUAUUAAAGCUGGAUAGAGAAAUACUGGCUGAACGAUCAGAUCUAAGUUUUAACAAACGAAGGGAUCUUUCCGAGCCUUCGAUGAUUCAGCGUCUUUCGAAACGCCCUAAUGCACCGACCGGUGUCCUAAAACCCAGAGUUCGAGCUCUUGGUGAUAAAGGGGCUCCAAAGACCAGGAGGCCCACCUCUGGUAGAAAGGUUACUAGGUCAAUCAAAAAUUCCGCAAAUCUGUCUUCCCAGCAUGCUCCUGAUCCACCGAGCUCCCACGAUACGAGAAUACUCUCGGCUUAUUUGAAACGACUUGCAUUGGAAAAGGGCUCUCAAGGACAAGAAAAUUUUCAGCUGACUGAUACAAAUCAACCAAAGGAACCUCCAAAGGGUUCUAAUGAGUUAAACGCCCACCAGAAUUACGCGGAAACUUCCAACAUCCAUUACAAGCAACAGUAUCCCCCUGGUCUCCUGACUUUCCUAGAAAAAUGGGGAUCGAAGUUGGAUAAGUCUGAUUAUAAGGAAGCUGGACGACCGCAAGUUCAUUUUGACAACGAUGAACAACUCGACUCUUCAACUGCUUCAACGUCUACCUCAACCGAUUCAAUAAGCCAAUUUAUACGAAGACAUGCAAAACACAACAAACAGCCUCACAAAUUGAAAAGUCGGAGUGCAGUAAAUAAAAGCAUCCCUGUGAAGUCUAUAAACGCAUCAAAAUCUAAGAAUACUUCUGUAGAACGAAGCAGUUUGAAAAUGGUAAAUGAGCUAAAGGAAGAUGAAACACCCUAUCGAAUUCUUCGAUUGCCAGUUGAACAAUACCAACAAAUUCUGACCAUGAGUAAAAUUGGAGAGGUCGCAAAUGCUGGUCGAUACAACUGUAAGACACUUUUAUCAUCCCACAAGUUAGAGAAACCCCAUGGGAUCGUUCAGGUCAGUGAAGCAUUAUCUGAAGAAAUCGGAAGCGCCUGUGUUGAAUCCGUAGCAAAGCUUUUUGAAAAUCUUUCAAAUGAAGUAAUCAAUGAAUUGCUGCAAAGUGAACUUGCCAUCUCAACUUCGCCAUGGAGUAGCUUCAGUGGAAUUUCGGAAUCUCCCCAACAAAUGCCAUGCCCCGAUGUCAAACAACCUAUAUCGCCCAUUUCUUCCAAAUCCAAAAUUCUUCAAUCCUCUGCACCUAAGAACUCGAUUGAAAAAUCAAAAAUUCCGAUGCCAAAUCAAACAUCUUCAAAGACCCUCAGUCCAGUGGAAGAGUGGACUACACGUACAGGUCUUUCAAUUCCAGAAAAUAAGAGCCCAGUCUUUGUUUUAGGUGGAAGCUCUUUAUCCCGAAAUCCGGAAGUCAGAGCAGAUCAAAAACAGGUAAUUGUUGAAGGCGACGGUUUGAUUAGAGGAAGUUCUAAAGAAGGAUUCAUUCUUGAAAGAAUUAGCACGCCGGAGGAGGUACGACUGAAAUCACCAAACUCUGAUAUCAUACAUAUCAAGUCAACCAACGGUGAUACCUUAAUAAAGAAUGCAUCUAGCGGCGAAUCAAUUUCAUCACUACCCUCCAGAGUUUUACGCCCAAGAGAACCUGAACCAGGAGAGGCACUGUCGUUAAAAAGUAGCUCUUCUCAAGGAGAUUUAGUUUCGAUUGAUAAUAGCAAUCAAGCACCAACUAAUAAAGUUCAUAGUCAGGCCGGAGCAGGUCCCAAUUCAUUAAAAUCGACCCACCAUCCAAAUGUGCGUAUACCAGAUGAACUCUCAACUCAGAAAGCCUUGUUGCCUUACGAUAACCCCCUUUCGCUUGUUUUACUUCCCCCAAUUGAAAGAUCACAUACUCCUGACAUUGAAACCAUUGAUACUUCAAUCUUCUCCAAUGGCAAUACUACUCAGUUUACGAUUUCCUCCCCAAACGGUUCUAGUCAGCAUUCAAAUCAAUUCUAUGAGGACGAUUUCGAAUCCACUGGAGAAGGAGACUCGAAUUAA